AGAUAAACAAGACCCUUGGAGAUUGCGGAGGAGAUUGGGGCGGUUUAGAGCGGUUGUCUUUGUUUUCCGGGCUACGGAACCUGCCGGAAUUUCGAUCGACCCCAUCGUCAAUCGGUGAUAGGGCCCCUAUCACCGAAAGAGGCCGUGCGAGGACUUGGUUGCCAGGUUGAGGACGGGUCUGACCAAGGCAGGUCUGACGAUGCCUACGCCAACCUCCUCGACCGAGACGACUGGCCACGGUUCGUCGGCUAGACGAAAGCGUCGUGCGGGUGUCGACGCCGCCGCCGUCCCGCCGGCCUUGGUCCAGCCUGUCCCUAGCUCGACUACCGGCGUCGGCUGCUCGACUCCCGGGAGCCCGGAGGUGGAUUUCUUUUUGGAUUUCGUGGCCAGCAGCUCGGAUGAGGACAGCGAUCUUUGCUCGCUGUUGAACGCAAGGCUGAACGGCUCCUCUGCCUCCGCUGACGCCGCCGGGCGCCGGGCCUACACGGAUGAGGAGGAGCACACCCUGGCUCGGCACGUGCUGCAGCUGCGGCGGAGCGGCGCCCGGCUCGGCGGCCGGCACGCCUGGCAGUGUCUGGAGCGGCGCCGGCUGCUGCCCGGCCGCAGCUGGCAGUCGAUGAAGCAGCACUGGCGCAGCAGCAUGAUGCCGCGACUGUUCCCCGAACAGCCGCGGCACCGGCUGGGUGGGAAGGGCCGGCCGCCGUACCGCCGCUUCACCCGCGCGGAGGACGAGGCCAUUCUGCGCUACCUGGAGGCCGAGGAGCCGUGCCGCGCGCUCCGGGUCGGCGGCCGCCGGCUCUGGCAAGACAUGGCCCUUCAGCUCGGUGGCCGCACGUGGCAAAGCCUCAAAGAGCGCUUCCUGAAGCGGGUGGCGCCCAACCUGAGCCGGUUCAGUGAGGUGUCGCCGGCGCUUCUGUCUGCCCUCCAGUCGUGCACGUCUUACCUGGUGUUGGAUAUGGACGUGGAGAGUCGCUAGGUCUACCAUCGCCGGAGGACGACGAUAACGCAGUCACGCAGUAACCCAGGCUGUGGCAAAGAGUUUGUUGAUACAGAUAGUUUGUUGUUGAUGCAGAAUGUCUUUUUUCUUCUGUUCUUCUAAUCACUAGCUCAGAUGCACGAAUAAAAAGUAGCGUUUGU